GACGAAUCUGCCACCCAGAAACAUUCACAUUUUGAGCAAUUGUCACCUCUUCGAGCGUGAGAAAGCUGCACACAAUGUCUCUUUCACGCCUAGGAGCUGCAUUCUCCCGCUCAAAGUGCUCGUCUCGUCUUCAAUGGCCCCAGACACGAGCACUCUCGAGCUCCUCCGGCCUCAAGGCCAGGCCCGAAACUGAGCUGAACUCGGUCAGCAAGUUCAUCACGCAGCCUAAAUCCCAGGGUGCCUCCCAGGCCAUGCUGUACGCCACCGGUAUGGACGAGGAGGACAUGAACAAGGCCCAGGUCGGAAUCUCGUCGGUGUGGUACUCGGGUAACCCAUGCAACAUGCAUCUGCUCGACCUGAACCACAAGGUCAAGGAGGGUGUCGAAAGGGCGGGACUCAAGGGUAUGCAAUUCAAUACAAUUGGUGUUAGUGACGGUAUCUCCAUGGGCACAAAGGGCAUGCGAUAUUCCCUGCAGUCGCGCGAGAUCAUUGCCGACUCGAUCGAGACGGUCAUGGGCGGUCAGUGGUACGAUGCGAACAUCUCCAUUCCUGGCUGUGACAAGAACAUGCCCGGUGUAGUCAUGGCCAUGGGCCGUGUCAACCGUCCCUCCAUCAUGGUCUACGGCGGCACCAUCCAGCCCGGCUGCGCCAAAACCAUGAACAACGAAUCCAUCGACAUCGUCUCUGCCUUCCAGGCCUACGGCCAGUUCAUCACGGGCGAGAUCAACGAGGAGCAGCGCUUCGACAUCAUCCGCCACGCCUGCAACGGUCAGGGAGCUUGCGGAGGCAUGUACACCGCCAACACCAUGGCCCUCGCCAUUGAGACCAUCGGUCUCACCCUCCCCGGCUCCUCGUCCAACCCGGCCAACUCCAAGGCCAAGGUUCUCGAGUGUCUCGCAGCCGGAGGCGCCAUCAAGAACCUCCUGAAGGAAGACAUCCGACCCCGCGACAUCAUCACCCGCCAGGCCAUCGAAGAGGCCAUGAUUCUCGUCAACAUCACUGGUGGCUCUACCAACGCCGUCCUCCACCUUAUCGCCAUCGCCGAUUCCGUCGGCAUCAAGCUCAACAUCGAAGACUUCCAAUCCGUCUCCGAUCGCACCCCCUUCCUCGCCGACCUCAAGCCCUCCGGAAAAUACGUCAUCGCCGACAUCUACAACAUCGGCGGCACCCCAUCCCUCCUCAAAUUCCUCCUUAAAGAGGGCGUCAUCAAGGGCGAAGGCAUGACCGUCACCGGCAAGCCCCUCAAGGAGAACCUCAAGGACGUGCCCGACUUCCCCGCCGACCAGGACAUCAUCCGACCCUUCUCCAACCCCAUCAAACCCACCGGCCACAUCCAGAUCCUCCGCGGCAAUCUCGCACCAGGCGGCUGCGUAGGCAAGAUCACGGGCAAGGAGGGCCUCCGCUUCGUCGGCAAAGCCAAAGUGUACGACGCCGAGGACGACUUCAUCUCCGCGCUCGAGGCCGGCGAGAUCAAGAAGGGCGAGAAGACGGUUGUCAUCAUCCGAUACGAAGGCCCCAAGGGCGGCCCAGGCAUGCCGGAGAUGCUGAAGCCGUCGUCCGCGAUCAUGGGCGCCGGCCUCGGCAAGGACGUCGCGCUGUUGACCGACGGCCGCUUCUCCGGCGGCUCCCACGGCUUCCUCAUCGGCCACAUCGUGCCCGAGGCCCAGGAGGGCGGCGCCAUCGGCCUCGUCCAGGACGGCGACGUCAUCACCAUCGACGCCGAGAAGCGCGAGUUGAGCGUUGACGUCAGCGACGAGGAGCUCGCGAGGAGGAAGGACGCCUGGACCGCACCGCCCCUCAAGUACAGCAAGGGCACGCUGUUCAAGUACGCGAGGUUCGUCAAGGAUGCUAGCCACGGCUGCGUCACUGACGGUGCGUGAUCGCGACAUUCCAUGCGCUGUCUAAUCACCAAUUCUUCACGAUCGACCAGGAAAAAAUGUUCUGCGGGUUUCCAGUGUGGGUAGUCGUCUUCGUCUUUGCUGUAUGAUGGUUCUGUCUUACGAGUAUGUCAAUCUACAUGUCAUGUCACGUCAGGGGUCAGGGUCAGGGUCAGGGUUUUUCUGAUGAGGAACAAAAUCAAAAUUCGGUCCUGGAGUAUGUAUGAAAGAGUUUCUUCCCCCUUUUUUUUUGUCCGUUAGUUUUCAUCUAUUCUUCUGUGCCUGGGAUGCUACUUGUUGGGGCGGGGGGCUUUUUUGUCCGCUUGGAGCGCAUUAUCAAAAAGAACAAUAAAAAUGAAAGAAAACACAAGAUAUGCACACAUUUCCCACAUUGUUCAUGAGCAAAGAUCAAAACCGACAUCACGCGCAUGGCAUACGUCACUGGUGGGUG